AAAAAAACGUGGAAUAUAAAAAUGGGCAAUAAAAACCAAAAACCAGUUAUCUAAUUCUGUCUACGUUAAGAAUUGCCGUAGUACGAAUCAAAGAGAAAGCGUGCGCGUAAAGUCAUUGAUUGUUUGAUGGAACAACCGAGUCACGAUAUCUCUCAAGAACAAGCUCGCGAGUCUCUCAUCGCCAUCUCCUACACUUCACCGGAGGAGGUUGAAGAGUCUCUAACGUCCUCAGAUGUGAGACCUGUCGUCAGCACUAUAACAAACGGAGUCGUCACUAAAAGAAACUCUGAAGAUGCGGAAAAGCUCAGGUCAGAGUUGAUUUCCAUCUCCUACGACGAGUCACCUUCACCUUCUCCUUCACCGGCUGUAGCUGUCUGAUAGGAGUAAUUGUACAGAUCAAAGUCUUUUCCUUUCAUGCAUACCGACUUGGGUUUUGUUUGAAAGUUAGACCCUUGUGAUAUGUUAAUGUUUUUUCUCUUCUCAACAAUAUGAUUGAAAAUCAAUUAAAGUUUUCUUUGUGUUAUUUAAAAGUUAA